AUGAACAACACUGGAAAUCCAGGGAAGGAGAUGGACCGCGCCGAACACCCUGGGAAGGACAGUGACAGCAGGGUGACCAUGACAACAACCAUGGGCCUGCAACAGGAAACGUCACAGAAAUCCGCUUUGAACACCCAUCUAAAAACGCACACUGGCGAGAAACCCUUCAUGUGUGGAGAGUGUGGACACCGAACGAUGACAAAGCUUUUGCUAGUCCAACACAUGAGAACCCAUACAGGUGAAAAACCUUACGGCUGUGAUCUGUGCGACUAUUCUGCAGGGGUGAAAGCUAGUUUAGAACGGCACAUCAUGGUAAAACACACGGGUGAGAAACCUUACAAGUGUAGCGAGUGUGAAUUCAAGACGGCCGAUAGCUCCCAUUUUUACAAACAUAUGAAAAAACAUUCUGGUGAGAAGGUAUCCCCGCGUAAGAAAUCACAUAAGUGUGGUGAGUGCGACUAUUCAACAUCACAGAAAUGCCGGUUGGACCAACACAUCAUAAGUAAACACUCCGGGGAGAAACUCUACAGGUGUGACAAGUGCGACUUGAGAACUGCCUCCAAGUCCCGUCUAUCUCUACAUAUGAGAAAGCAUGACAACCCCUACAAAUGUCACCAGUGUGGCUUUUGUACUGCAAGGAAAUACCAGUUUGACCGGCACAUCCAUACAAAACAGACGAAAGAAAAAUCAUACCUGUGCGAAGAGUGCGGAUAUAGGACAGCAAAAGGAUCUUCCCUUAUCUUACAUAAAAGAACACAUACUGGUGAGAAACCCUUCAUGUGUGAGGAAUGUGGGUACAGAGCGACCGACAGGUCCCACCUUUCUCGACACAUCAGAAGGCAUACAGGAGAAAAACCCUACAAAUGUGAUCAGUGUGGCUUUUCUGCAUCACACAAAUCUGCAUUGGACCACCAUCUAAGAACGCACACUGGUGAGAAGCCCUACAUAUGUGAAGAAUGCGGACACAGAACGACUACAAAGCCCGCCUUAUUGAGGCAUAUGAGAACACAUACAGGUGAAAAACCUUAUGACUGUGAUCUGUGCGAGUAUUCUGCUGCGGAUAAAGCUUGUUUAGAACGGCACAUCAUGCCAUCCCCGCGUAAGAAACCACAUAAGUGUGAUGAGUGCGACUAUUCAGCAUCACAGAAAUGCCGGUUGGACCAACACAUCAUAAGUAAACACUCCGGGGAGAAACCCUACAGGUGUGACAAGUGCGACUUCAGAACGGCCUCCAAGUCCCAUCUAUCCCUACAUAUAAAAAAAAACAUUCUGCCUAAAAAAAACCUCAUAGAUGUGAGUUACUAG